AUGUAUAUAGGACUAGAAAGUCCCGUCAAUAUUCUUCAUUUAUCGUUAACAUAUAUUUUAUAUGUAAAAAUAGAAGAUUACAAUUUUAAAUAUUGUGAUUGUGAAAUCAAUAAAUGUUAUCAACAUAGGGCAUUAUUAAGAGAUGUCUACCAUACCGGACAAUAUAUCAACAUUUGGGCCGAUGUAGUGGUCGAAUAUUUCGUUAAUAAUGCAGAGUAUGAAAAAUAUGAGGCAAUUACUAACGAUUUAAUUGAACGUACAUCGGUCGAUCUGGAGAUUUAUUUACGAGAAUUGUAUGAAAAGCUAUUCACCGUAAAGUCUGAUUAUGGGCAUAAACGUUGGCUUGAAGUGAUUGAUAUGUCAAAGCAGACCGACACAAUUACAGUCCCUUCUUUUGACCUAUGUAUUGAAAUUGAAGCAUCAACCACGUUUGCCGCUAAUACAACUGCAUAUGCUCUAGUAAUUUCAGACAAUGUAUUUACUUAGACACCUUUUGACGGUACCAUCCGUAUAUUUUAACAUUUUUUACAUGUUUAUGUAAACAUUUAUUAUUAACCUUGUAAUUAUUAUUAUUAUUAUAAAAUAAAUAUAUUUUUCAUAAUAUUUUUCAUUUUAGAUUAUAAGUUUAUUAUAAGAAACUAGUACAAUAUAUAAAGUUAUUGUUUAUAAAUUAUUAAUGUAGGUUAAUUUUCUGAUGUGAUUGGGUUUCGGCCAUUGUGAAGCUCAUGGACUAUAACUAUUUUCUUGGGUAUACACUGUU